AUGCAGCUGGACGGCCCGCUGCUGCCGGGCGCCGGCGCAGCGACCGACGGCCCCCUUAACGGACUGGCCUCCCCGCUGGCCAUCCCCGGACUGCCGGACUUUGGGCUGCCGUCGCCGCCGCCCCAGGCCGAGGCGGCGGCGCUGCCGACCGGCGCCGCCGCAGCCGCGGCGCUCGCCGGCCUGCCCCAGCUCGUGCCGAUGCCGCCGCCGCCACCAUCGCCUGCGAUGGCGCCGCCAGCCGCCGCGGCAGCGUCCACACCUGCGCCAACACCUGCGCCGGCAGCCUUCGCCGCGCCGCCAGCACAGCCGGCUGCGUCCGCAACUGGCAGCAGCGGCGGUGCCUGCAACGGCGACGGCGCGCCCGGCCCCGUGCGGCUGGUAAGCCGGCCCUUGUCGGUUUCGAAGACGUGCGCGGUGCGCUCGCGCCCAGGCGGUGGGAUGGCGCACGGCGGCCUGGCGCGCUUGAGGAUUGGGCCCCUCGCAGGCGGCGACGCCCUCAGCCACGGCGUGCAGCAACAGCAGCAGCAGCAGGGGCCGCAGCCGAACGCGGCCGCGGCGGCCCUCAACGCGGCGUCGGCGGCCGCCGCGGCCGCCGCGGCAACGUCACUCCCGCCGGUUUCCGGGCCGCUGCCGGGCAUCACCCUGCGGCCGCUGCAGCUGCCCGGCGGCACGCCGGCCGGCCUCGCCUCGAUGCAGCAGGCCCUGCAACAGCUGGGGAUGCGCCCGCUCGCGGCGCUGCCGCUCGCCGCGCACGCCGUGCCGGGCCAGGCGCCGCUGCUGCAGCUGCAGCAGCUGCAGCCGGAGGUGGCGCAGCAGCUGGUGGCGCAGCUGCAGAGCAGCGCCGCGAUGCGCGGCGGCGCCGCGGCGGUGGCGCCGACGGCCGGCGGGGCCUCGGGCGCGCCCGCCGCCGCGCUGGGGCCCCUCUGCAUCACCCCCCUACAGCUGCCUGCAGGGUUGGCCGGCAUCGACGCGUCCGAGGUUAUGCGGGACGACGAGACCGCGGCGCUUGGCGUGGAGGAGUUUCUGCAGCAGCAGCAGGUUGCGGCCCUCGCAGCGGCCAUCGCGGCGGCGGGGCAGCCCGCGCGGCCGGCCGCCGCGCCAUGA